GCUGCUUCAUUCGAGUUCACCAAGGAAGACCACACUCUGGGAAAUGCUUUGCGUUACAUUAUCAUGAAGAACCCUGAUGUUGAGUUCUGCGGUUACUCGAUUCCCCAUCCUUCAGAAGCAAAGAUGAACUUGCGCAUUCAAACUUGGGAUGAGGUGAACGUUUACGAUGUCCUGGAAAAGGGUCUCAAUGAUCUGAUGGACCUCUGUGAUGUGGUGGUCGACAAGUUCACUGUAUCAAGAGAUGCAUUCAAUGCCAGCAAGGCAGCAUAA